GCUUUAAAGGACCAUCGUGACUGUCACACGCCGUUAGCUCCGAAAGUGGGAAUCUAUGCAGCUCAAGGCUCGCGUCCAAAUACCUCUCCACGGGAAGUAUCGGUCACAGGCCAAGUAAAGGGAGUGUAGGGGGUGCUUUUUCUACUCAUUUCCUCGAGAUCUUGACAGCAUCGUUUCACCGUAUUUCGUCGAAAUUCAUCUGCGCAGCAUAAAGUUUAACCUUCGUAAACUUGUCAGUGAAUACCUGCAUCUCUGUCCCAUCAAAGGAGAGCGCUUGCUGUACGCAUUAAAAUUGCGUUUCGAUCCAGAUAGCGUUGUGGUACCCUCUACUACAUUAUGGACGAGUGGCGAAAUAUUUUCCAAGUGAAACACUGCAAGUACUUCAGAACUGGUCCUUUGGAAUUCGUAUCGGCGUUCACACGUGAAUAGCCGAUUGACGCGGCCGAAGUGCGAAAUCUGGACGAGAGGAGUUUAUUCUUUUUGGGGGAUCACGUCUACAUUAUAGAUGAACCGGUAGGCGACGACGCAUUCCGCUAACUCUCAGGUCCACAGGCAUUGCGAGGAGAAUGAGGGAGCCAGGGCUGAAGCAUGUCCUGCUGCAGGAGUGCUGCCGCCGCCGCUGCUAGAUGGCUGGCUCUCAUGGUGCUGUCAGAGUGGACUGCCCUGGGCCUCCACUGCUGGGUCCUGGCCGUCACCUCCUCCUCCGCCUCCGCCUCUGCAUCUGCCUCCUCUUCGGCGGGCCAGCAUGAGAGGGCGGGGCCCAUGGACUGGCUCCUGUCCGAGAAGGGCCCCUUCCACCAGUCGCAGGAGUACACCGAGUUCAUCGAGCGCUACCGGCAGGGCUUCACCACCCGCUACAAGAUCUACAGGGAGUUUGGGCGAUGGAAGGUCAACAGCCUGGCGGUGGAGAGGCAGGACUUCCUGGGGUCGCCCCUGCCUCUCGCCCCGGAGUUCCUCACCAGCAUACGCCUCCUAGGACGCCGGCCCACCCUGCAGCAGAUCACAGAGAACAUCAUCAGGAAGUUUGGGACACACUUCCUGGUCUCCGCCACGUUGGGAGGAGAGGAGUCUCUGACCAUCUUCGUGAACAAGAGGAAGCUGAGCCGGGACGGUGGGGGGAAGGAAGGCGGGGCCAACAGCUCCGUGACGACCCUGGAGACGCUUCACCAGCUGGCCGCCUCCUACUUCAUAGACCGGGAGAGCACGCUGAGGAGACUGCACCACCUGCAGAUAGCCACGUCUGCCAUCAAGGUAACGGAAACCAGGACGGGUCCGCUUGGAUGCAGUAACUACGACAACCUUGACUCUGUCAGUUCUGUCCUCGUUCAGAGCCCUGAAAACAAGGUCCAUUUACAAGGUCUCCAGGUCAUCCUCCCCCUCUACCUGCGAGACAGCUUCAUCAAAGCCGCACUCAGCUACAUCACCUGCAACUCAGCGGGGGACUUUGUGUGCAAAGACAAUGACUGCUGGUGCCACUGCUCCCCUGGCUUCCCAGAAUGCAACUGUCCCUACACAGACAUCCAGGCCUUGGAGGACAAGCUGGCCCAGCUUAGGGAGGCAUGGGCUAAUUUCAACAUGGAGUUUGAGAGCUCAGAUGAGUUCCGGUCCUUUGUGAAGAGGCUGCCUCAGGACCAUCUGCUGAACAUGUCCGCCAUCUUCCAGCUGUGGAACAAGGACGUGCACCUGCAGCGCCUCUACAAGCAGCUAGAAGGCAACCUUCAGCAGAUCUGCAGCAAGACGCAGAAGAUGAUCCAGAAGCUGUUCAACCUGAGCAAGCGCUGCGACAAGCAACCCCAGUACCGCCUGCCACGAGACAGGCCCCUGACGUACUGGCUGAAGCACAUUCAGUCCCUGCUGUACUGCAGCGAGAACAACCUGUCGGGCACCUUCAACGAGGAGCUGCGGAGCUGCGCCUGCCCGCUGGAGCAGGAGUCCUGCCAGGGCCUGCUGCCCUGCCUGGUGGGCGACGGCGCCGGCUGCUCGUCGUGCGCGGCUGACGCCCCGGCCGCCUGCGGCAGCUGCAACCCGGGCUAUGUGCUGGCGCUGGGGGCCUGCCGGCCCGAGGUGUCCGACUCGCCCGAGCUCUACCUGGGCCUGGAGACGGACUUCCAGGACCUGGAGCUGCGCUUCCUGCUACAGAAGCACGACAGCCGGCUGGAGGUGCGCGCCAUCUUCAUCAGCAACGACAUGCGCCUGGGCAGCUGGUUCGACCCGUCCUGGAGGAAGCGCAUGCUGCUCACGCUCAAGAGCAACAAGUACCGGGCCAGCCUGGUGCACAUGCUGCUGGGCCUGACCGUGCAGAUCUGCCUGACCCGCAACAGCACCCUGGAGCCCCUGCUCUCCGUCUACAUCAACCCGUUCGGGGGGAGCCACUCGGAGAGCUGGUUCGUGCCCGUGGGCGAGGGCGCCUUCCCGGACUGGGAGAGGACUAACCUGGACGGGGUCCCGCAGUGCUCGAACUGGACCCUCACCUUGGGCAACAAGUGGAAGAGCUUCUUCGAGACGGUGCACAUCUACCUGCGCAGUCGAAUCCGGGCCACCAACGCCCUGGGCAACGAGACCGUCUACUACGAGCCACUGGAGUUCUCCGACCCCUCCCGCAACCUGGGCUACAUGAAGAUCAGCGGCGUGCAGUCGUACGGCUACAGCAUGCCCUUCGACCCCGAGGCCAUCCACGACCUGAUCCUGCAGCUGGACUACCCCUACACGCAGGGCUCCCAGCACUCGGCGCUGCUGCAGCUGCUGGACAUCCGCGACCGGGUCAACAUGCUGUCGCCGCCGGGGCCGCAGCGGCUCGACCUCUUCUCCUGCCUGCUGCGCCACCGGCUCAAGCUGUCGGCCAGCGAGGUGGCGCGCAUCCGCGACGCGCUGCGCACCUUCGCCGCCAAGCUGCCCCACGCCGUGGACUACGAGACGGCCAAGCUGUGCAGCUAG